CGCGCCCCUCCCCUCGCGCGGACGCGUUGCCGGGCGACGGGCGGUGCGCGCGCGGCCUGCUCGCCAUGCUGAAAGCGAAGGUGCUGCUGGUGGGGCCCCGCCAGUCUGGAAAGUCGGUGUUGGCCAACUUUGUUUCCGAGAGCAUAGAAGGGAUCGGCAGCUACAGCCCGACCCAGGGUGUGAGGAUCCUGGAGUACGAGACGCCAAACUUGACUGGAAGCAGCAAGGGAGCUGGGUGUCGGUUUGAGCUGUGGGAUUGCAGUGGUGAUCAGAAGUUUGAAACAUGCUGGCCAGCUCUGAUGAAGGAUUCUCAUGGUGUAGUAAUAAUCUUCAACCCUGAGCUGCCCAGUCACCUGAAAGAAAUUGAAAUGUGGUACUCCUGUUUUGUGCAGCAGCAGCCACUGCUUGAUCAUCAGUGCCUCCUGGUUGCACAUCACAAGCCAGGCAGUGCAGGAGACACAGAAGAUCUGUCCUUGGCUCACCCACUGAACAAACUAAAGCUGAUACAUUCCAACUUAGAGGAAGAUCCUGAAGAUGUUCGGAUGGAAUUUAUUAAAUACUUCAGAAGCAUUAUCACCUUAAUGAAUGAGAGCAGAGAGAAGGAAGAAAUGUCUAUUAUCUCUUAACAUUAACAUAAAUACUGAGGAAGAGGGAAGAAAAAGGAUUAUUUUUCUAUUGUAAGCUACACUACUCUGUGAACAGAUCCUCACAAGAAUUUGCCAGCUUAUAAGCACUUCAGAGAAAAUAAUGCACAAGCUAUGAUUUAACCAGAAAGAAAAAAAAAAGUGGUGACAUCAGAUGAACUGUAGUGCCACAGCAGUGGCUGCAGAUCCAGGACUCUGGGUACAUUCAGGUGCAUUUUGGUUUCAUUUGGCAUCAGAGGUACAGGAAGGUUUUGUUUGGUAUGUUAGUGUGGACCAAAAGAUGAAGGUAUUGGCCCUCACUUCAUAAUCCCUUUUUGUAGAAAUGCUGCAAAGAAAGCCUGACAGAAGAGGAGAUUUGUGGCCAUCUGUUGAAGCAUCUGAAUAAAAUGCUCAUGCUAGCUCUGUUCCUGGGGAAGUUAUGCUUUUGGAAGUCAGUGCAAACUGAUUGGAAUAGAGAUCUGAGAAGUCAUGGUGUGGAAUCCACGUUUUAUGUUCCAGCUUCUCCUUAUCUUUCUGUCCUGCAUCUGAAGGGAGCAUAUUUCACAGCUAUUGCCUUGGCAAGGCAGAGUAGGUUGCAGGACUAGAUUUUUCUUCUAUUCCAACAAAACAAACGUGUUGUUUGGGAUAAUGUUUAGGUCCCUGAGAGGAACAGAACUAAAGUCCCAGUGGAGUGUGAUAGUUUGACCAGUUUGGGGAAUUCCAUCAGAGAAAUAAAAUGUCUGCAUUCUCCAGAGGAGGAAAAGCUGUUUCAAAACUUGUAUUACUGUUCCUUGUUGCAUUAAAAUAAGUGGUUUCAUAAAUAA